AUGAAGCACCGCACUAUUGCUAUUCUUCUAAUGGUGGCUGUGUCAAUGGCCUCCACCAACACCCUUCGCUCCAAACGCCAACAAUGCAAUUGCGCUCCAUCGUGCUCCUGCAACACCGCCAGUCAAUCCCAAACCUGCACCUGUCAGAAUACCGGAUUUUCCACCCAAAACAACUGUAACUGUGACCAAAAGCCCGUCACUAUUCAAGUCUCCACCAAACAGUGCGCUCCGGCGUGUCAGCAAUCGUGCUCCCAGCAAUGUAACUCUCAGAAUAACUGUCUGACUCAGUGCCAAGCCAAAUGCCAAGCUCAAUGUGGAGCCAAUACCACGACUAAGGCUCCAACGGUGAUCCGUUUAGAAGUCUGCACCCCAAAAUGCCAACAACAGUGUCAGCAACAAUGUGUAUCCCAAAACCAGUCAUCCGGACAGUGUGCUAUGGAGUGUGGUAGUCAGUGUUGUGCUCAAUGUGCAUCUCAAUGCAAAUCUCAGUGCUCGAGCAUGGGCUCCGCGAGCCAACAGUGCCAGCAGCAGUGCCAGAUGGACUCCUGCAGUAGUUUCCAACAAGCGCCAACGACUACUACAGCUACACCGACUAUUCGAAUCGUCCUCCACUCCUCUGUCCUUAAUAGUGCCCAAUGUGAGCCGAAAUGUGAGCAAACUUGUCAAAGCCAAUGUCAAUCUCAACAACAAAGUGUCCAACAAUGCGCACAGGCCUGUCAAACCAGUUGUGUUACCCAAUGCCAGCCGAUGACUGUGUCUUGUAUGCCGGCUAGCUCGAGUAGCUGUCAGUGUCAACCGAAUUAUGCACAGUGUGGGAAUCAGUGUUGUAGGAAUUAA